UUGUAGCGCAUGCCUGUCAGUGCUAGAAGUUGCGCUGCUGCGUACUGAAGUGAAUGCGUCUUUGCACCUGCAGAAGCACAAGUUUAAGUUAACCAUGGCAGGAAAGAGGGCAUUAGUAAUCUUGUCUAAAGGUGCAGAGGAAAUGGAAACCGUUAUUCCUGUCGACAUAAUGCGCAGAGCUGGGAUUGCGGUGACAGUUGCAGGUCUGACGGGAAAAGAGCCAGUCCAGUGCAGCAGAAACGUUGUCAUCUGUCCUGAUGCUAGUCUGGAGGAAGCCAGCAAACAGGGCCCAUAUGAUGUGGUGCUUCUGCCAGGAGGAAUGCCAGGGGCCCAGAAUCUGGCUGAGUCUCCUGCUGUGAAGGAGGUGUUGAAGGAUCAAGAUGGUAGAAAAGGCCUGAUUGCAGCCAUCUGUGCAGGUCCUACUGCUCUUCUUGCACAUGGCAUCGGCUACGGCAGCACAGUCACCACACAUCCUGCCAUGAAGGAGAAGAUGAUGGCUGGAGACCACUAUAAAUAUUCAGAGGCUCGAGUACAGAAGGAUGGACAUUACAUCACCAGCCGUGGGCCAGGAACCAGUUUCGAGUUUGCCCUAACGAUUGUAGAGGAACUUAUGGGGGCUGAGGUUGCAGCUCAAGUCAAGGCUCCGCUUAUUAUGAAAGACUGACUCUAGUGAUGUUCACCUACAAUCCUGCAAACUGCACAGCCCACUUUACAAUUCUGGAUUCACUGAGAGCAAAUUCAAGAACCAAGAGUAUAAGUAACAAAUAAUUCUCUUCACUGACCAUGACUCUGCUUCUGCUGGCUGGUUAUAGUCUCAUUUUGCUUUAGUUGCUUAUUGAAGGUGCUUUGAACCUAAAAUACAACUUGGAUAAUUGGUACAAAUGCUUUGUACAAUAAAUGUUGAUUUUUGCUUCAUUGUGGGUUAUUACACAAAUUGCCUCAUAUUUUGACAGCUUUUCUUGUCCCACUUGUCAAAAAUAAAUCUGACAAAUCUG